GUCUUCCCCAGGAGGCUCCGGCCGCCGAGAACCAUGCCGGGGCGGCUGGGCCGUUGGCACCUGCUGGCUCUGCUUUCCCUCCCUUUUUGCCUGUGUCAAGAUGAAUACAUGGAGGUGAGCGGAGGAGCUAAUAAAGUGGUGGCCAGGAUAGUGCAGAGCCACCAGCAGACCGGCCGUAGUGGCUCCAGGAGGGAGACAGUGAGAGAGCGGAGCCAUCCUAGAACGGGGACGGUGGCUAAUAACGCGUCUGCAGACCCAAGGCCCCCGAGGCCCGAUGAGCUACCGCACCCCGAGGUAGAUGGCCUAGCCCAGAUCACCCCAUUCUGGGGCCAGUCUCCAUCACCGGGAGGACUGCCCCCAGAUUGCAGCAAGUGUUGCCAUGGAGAUUACAGCUUCCGAGGCUACCAAGGACCGCCUGGACCUCCCGGCCCCCCUGGCAUUCCAGGAAACCAUGGAAACAAUGGCAAUAACGGAGCCACUGGCCAUGAAGGGGCCAAAGGUGAGAAAGGAGACAAAGGAGACCUGGGGCCACGAGGGGAGCGCGGGCAGCACGGCCCCAAAGGAGAAAAGGGCUACCCGGGGAUCCCCCCGGAGCUGCAGAUCGCCUUCAUGGCUUCCCUGGCGACUCACUUCAGCAACCAGAAUAGUGGCAUCAUCUUCAGCAGCGUGGAGACCAACAUUGGAAACUUCUUCGAUGUCAUGACUGGUAGAUUUGGGGCCCCAGUGUCAGGUGUGUAUUUCUUCACCUUCAGCAUGAUGAAGCACGAAGACGUUGAGGAAGUGUACGUGUACCUCAUGCACAACGGCAACACGGUCUUCAGCAUGUACAGCUACGAGACAAAGGGGAAAUCAGACACGUCCAGCAACCACGCCGUGCUGAAGCUGGCCAAAGGCGACGAGGUGUGGCUGAGAAUGGGCAACGGUGCUCUGCAUGGGGACCACCAGCGCUUCUCCACCUUCGCAGGCUUCCUGCUCUUCGAAACCAAGUGAAUGUAUGACUAGACCAGCUCCACUUUGGGGGAGACUUGUAGCUCACCUGGGACUGUUAUGAUCUGAGGAACAUUAGAGUUAAGGGUUCUACCUGUUGUACUUUUUUAAAAAAAUUUAUCGGUUACAUUGUUAACGAUGCUACAGAUACAGCAACAAUGUGGGAUGAUGACUCAGGGGUUCAGAAGAAUCAAACACAAAACCGUCUUCCCAAGUGACCUUGACUGAAAUACUCGCCACCUUUAUCCCUCUUCCCUAGGCACCUAAAAGAGAUGUCCCCGCUUGGGACAGGUGGGAAAUGCUGGUUCUGACAGAGAAGUCAUUUGCAAAGAGUUUUGGCAGCUGUGUUUUUAACUUAAUAGCAGCUUUCAGGAACCCCUGCGGUUUUGAGUUCAUCACUAUGACUUUUCAGCAAACGGGAUGCCGUGAUUAAGAUGGGGCUGAGGCAAGAACAGGGGCACUUGCUAGGAUCAAGGUACCAGAAACAUGUGUACCACCUAGACUGGGGAGUAGCGCUCUGACCCAGUGGGUCCACAUUCAUAAAUGAAGCACAGAUACCUUUUAGUCAUUCCUGAUAGCUUUUAGAUAGCAAAAGUAUUCACAAUGCCCACACAUGAUCGACUCAUU